AUGUCUUCCAUCCGCUUCAUCUGCCAGGGCUGCAGGCAGCCCAUGAAGUUGGAUCAGUUCAUGGGGACCUUGGAUCCUGAGACCACCCAAGAAUCUGCAGCUUCCACAUUCACCUCAGCUCAGCAGGAGCCAGGAGAAACCCUAAAGCAUGGCCCUCCCACCAAGGCAGAGACAGACAGUGAAAAGCUGCAGGAUGGUGCCUCCUGUUCUACCCACCCUGGCGAUGGCAAGAUGUCAAGGGACACUUCUAACAAGUUCAUCUUGCUUGGAAAGUUUGACUCUGCAAGAACACUCACUAACAUCCAGAAGACUAUUAGGGACAUUUUUGACAUCCUCACUGGUGAAAAAGAUAUGGACCAUCCGCUUUGUGAGGACUGUACUGACAAACUUUUAGAGCAGAUAGACACCCAACUCGUUAUUGUAGAAUCUGAGAACCAGAGCUACAAAUAUUGGAUGGGGAGGAUAUGUGAGGAGGAGACAAAGACCCUGCAGGAGGAGCUGGAGGGCCUGGAGCUGGAGGAGGCGAGGCUGGUCCAGGAGCUAAAGGAGGUGGAGAAGAACCAAGAAAGAAUAGCAGAAGAUCUUGAGGCAGCCCGGGCAGAGACCAAGAUGCUGGACCAGCAGGACGAGCAGUACUGGAGGGACUACAGUUACUUGCAAUGGCAGCAACUGGAACUGCAGGACGAGCUGGAGAGCAUGAAGAACCAGCUGAGACAUGCCCAGAUCCAGUGGGGCCGGCUGAAGAAGACCAGUGUCUUCAGUGCCACCUUUGAGAUCAGGCAUGAUGGUCCUGUGGGCAUCAUCAACAGCUUCAGAUUGGGCUGCCUCUCCACCACCCCUGUGAGCUGGAAGGAGAUUAACAUGGCCUGGGGCCAGACAGCCUUGCUGCUCCUUGCCCUGUCCAAUAAGAUUGGGCUGGAGUUUCAGAGGUAUCGACUCAUCCCCUGUGGAAACCGGUCCUAUCUGAAGUCUUUAACAGAUGACCCUGUUCAGCUGCCAUUGUUCUGUAUCGCAGGACAGAGAACUUGCUCACAAGUCAAAUUUGACCAGGCAAUGAUGGCUUUUUUGGACUGCAUGCAGCAGUUCAAAGAAGAGGCUGAGAAAGCCAAGUGGGGUCUUUGCCUGCCCUACAGGAUUCAUGUGGAGAGUGGCCUAAUGGAAGACUCUGGAAGCAGCGGUGAGUUCUAUUCAAUCAAGACCCACUUAAACUCAGAGGAACAGUGGACAAAGGCACUCAAGCUCAUGCUUAUAAAUUUUAAGUGUAGUCUCGCUUGGGUCUCUUUAAGAUACCAAGAAUAACUUGUUCUUUUAUGAGGGAGAGGGAGUUUUUUUUUGCUUUAAAAUAUUUUAUUUGAGAAAAGUAUCAGAAAUUGUAAAAUUGAAAGAUAUAACAUGCUUAUAAUUUUAAAGAUAAAUGGCAACCCAAACAUUAAUUGUUCAGAGCAAACCAAAAGCCAUUACUAUUUUUCCCUGCAUGUCUUUGUCCUCCCUUCCUUGUACUUUCCUGUUCCCUCCUUCCCCACCCCAACAAACAUCCAAAAUGGCAGCAAAGAUUGAAUUACAAGAUGACCAGAUUAGAUGUGUUACUAGUACAAAAAAAGGAUCAAGAGAUGCUGAGGGAAAGCACAAGGGUGGGGCUGAGGGAAGGGGGUGGUGAGGAGAAAGCGGAGUCUUCAUAAUGGUAUUUGGGCCACUAAUGUAUGUAGAGGGACUUUCGCAGGGAGGGUGGAUAUUCAAAGAUACUAUGUUUUUGCAGCUGUGUGCAAUGUAAACCCCUCCUUCAUCUCUGAAGAGCUUUCAGUAAAAUUCUACAUGUUCUUUAGUGAUUUAAAAGUGAGAAGUGUGUCAUAUUGGGUUGUGCCCUUAUGUUGAGACUGACCUGGUGGGGGUGUGGCCAAAGAGGACUGGUAACAUCUUGGUUGAUAGGCCCAUCCACUCAUCAGUUGAGAGUC